CCAGUCAGCUAAACUCUAAUAGACUAUUACUGGCAAGGACUGAAGUUACUGAGCGCACGUUUCUCCUAGUUCGCUUAACGUGUGUUUUAUGGACGUGCUAGUACUUGCUCCAUUUAUAUGUAAUGGUCCCUUUCCAAAAUGAUUAUUUUAAGCAAUACGAAACGUAUGUCAAGAACUUGUCGUGGCAUCCGGUACUAUUCGCUCUCAAAGCACACAAGGGAACGCCUACUAGAGUCUGGAGACAUUGCUGCCAUGCAGUAACAGAUCGCUGGCGAUGUGAUGCUUUUUAAAAAUAUUAGCGAAUAACAAAUAGCCAGUAAUGAAUAUGGUCAACGCUUUUAUUUUCUUAUAUGUGUGCUCGUGGCGUCUGGUUGAUGUGACGGAAGAAGUGAGGACAAUAUCAGCGACGGCGGGCGAUCCUGUCACUCUUCACAGUCGUAAUGACAUGCACAGAUAUUUGUUAAUAAAGUGGAUGUUCGGAAGCACUCGAAUAGCUGAGAUCGACAGGCUCACGCAAACCAACUCCACAUAUGAUGGUCCUGGUGGGAGAUUCAGAGAUAGACUACAACUGGACCAGACUGGAUCUCUGAUCAUCACAAACACCAGAACCACAGACUCUGGACUUUAUACAGUGACAGUCUUCAGCAGUGAGACCAGCUACACGAGUUUCAAAGUUACGGUCAACAAGACUCCACAAAGUUCUGCAUCACCAGAAAGUUCAACAAGCUCAUCUACUGCCAACUUAACCAUCAACCAGACCGAAGAUACAAAUAUUACUAACCUCCAUCAGCCACGUCCAGACCACGUCCACUGUUGUGGUUUCACUGAAACUGUGAUACGAUUGGUUGCUUCUGCUCUGGUAACCGUGGCUGCUGUUGCCUUUCUGGUUUAUGACUAUACGUCUACAAGAAAUGAGCUGAACAGGAUGCAAGAGCCUAGGCGUCACCAGCCGACCCUAAGAGUGAGAUUAGACCAACAUCAGUUGAGCAGAAGAAGUGUUUGCUGAAGGACGCUGGGCAAAACGAUGUUCGAAAAGGCUGAGCAACGGUGUACUGUUUCAGAGCGCUGCUGGAGGCGGCGAGAUGUUGCUGAACGGGAAUCGAACCAUGUGUCAAUUCGAACUGCCAUUACGAACUUAUUUUGGCCUGAUU